GAAAAGAUAGCUUCAAGAAACUGGUCGUUUAAGUUUUUUUUUGUAUUCUUAUUCAGAAGUUGUAAUUUUAAAAUGUGACUUUUUUCAACGCUCAAUUAAGAGCUAUUCAUUUAUAUCAUAGAGCGAAACAAAAUUAUGACAUUAUGAUUAUUAAGUCAACAAAUCAUUAUGACCACACUUGAUAAGCAGACAAAUAAACAUUUAAGUUGCGGUUCUAUGAAUAGUUCAUUUUUAAUGAAUUUGAAAAGUAAAAGAACCAUAGCUAUAAAGCUUAUUUGAUCAAUAAAUGUAAUUCAGUUUAAAGAUUGAUCGCGAGUUGAAUUGAAUGCGUGAUUUGAAUUUUUGAUAAGUUUAUUGACUCACAAACAUGGCCUUGAAAUGGACAAGUUGUAGUCGGCUACAACUUAGGUUUGUGCAUUUUGUUUUGUUAUCAGAAUUAUUUAUGCAGAUUACCGUGGGAGCCACAAAACAACCCAAUAUUGUUAUUAUAAUGGCUGAUGAUAUGGGUUUUGAUGAUGUGAGCUUCCGUGGUUCGAAUGAGUUCUUGACCCCAAACAUUGAUGCAUUAGCUUUUAGUGGGGUUAUAUUGAAUCGAUAUUAUGUUCCAGCUAUGUGCACACCAUCACGAUCUGCACUAAUGACUGGGAAAAAUCCCAUCAACAUAGGCAUGCAACAUUUUGUGAUACCAAAUGAUCAACCAUGGGGUCUUCCAUUGACAGAGAAGACAUUAGCACAGUAUUUUAAAGAAGCUGGAUAUUUUACAAGUCUGAUUGGAAAGUGGCAUUUAGGGUUUUCUAAGAAAGUCUAUACCCCACUUUAUCGGGGAUUUGAUCAUCAUUAUGGGUAUUAUGGGGGAUAUGUGGAUUAUUACGAUCAGACAUUAUAUUCCACAAGUGCAAAUUACUCCAGAGGUCAUGAUUUCCGAAAUAACUUAAAAAUUACAAGGGACAAUCAAGGAACUUAUGUUACAGAUAGUCUGACCGAAGAAGCUGAGCAUCUCAUAAAAAAUCACGAUACCGAAAUUCCUCUUCUGCUAAUUCUUAGUGAACUAGCUCCUCAUUCUGGUAAUCCUGAUAAACCAUUUCAGGCACCAGCCGAAGAAAUUGAAAAGUUCAAACACAUAACUGAUCCUGAUAGAAGAACUUAUGCAGCCAUGGUGUCGAAGUUAGACGAAAGUGUUGGAAAAGUUGUUGAAGCUCUAGAUGCGAAAGGAAUUCUUGACAACACAAUUCUUCUAUUUUACUCUGAUAAUGGUGCUCCUGUUAAAGGUCUACAUGCAAAUGAAGGAUCAAAUUAUCCUUUUCGAGGGCAAAAAAAUUCACCAUGGGAAGGUGGCAUAAGAUCAGCAGGUGCAAUUUGGAGUCCACUAAUACAAAAUGGUGGUAGAUUAUGGAAUCAAACAAUGCACGUUAGUGAUUGGUUACCAACUCUUGCUUCUGCUGCUGGAAUAAAACUUAGUGAAGACUUAAAUUUAGAUGGUUUGAAUUUAUGGAGAAAUUUGACAAAAGGAAGUGAACCAACUCGACGAAAAAUUGUUCAUAAUAUCGAUGAUAUAUUUCAAUAUGUUUCAUAUUCGAGUGGCAAAUGGAAAUAUAUAAAUGGAACAACUCUAUCAGGAGCUUACGAUGGUUGGUUGAAAUCUCGUGAAAAAGUUCAUAUUGAUCCAAAAUCUCAUAGCUAUGUCGAAUUAAUCAAAAAUUCUAAAACAUGGAAGACUUUAAUUAAAUACAAGAAAACAGAUGAAAUUGAUAAUACAGAUAUUUUGGAACUUCGUCAAAAAGCUUCUAUUGAUUGUGCUUAUGAUAGUGAAGUAUCGAAAUGUGAACCUUUAAAAGAUGAAUGUAUAUUUGAUUUAGAUGAAGAUCCUUGUGAGCAAAAUAAUCUAAUUGGUCAGUUAAAGAACUCGAAAAUGUUGAAAAGAAUUCGGAAGGAUAUCGAUGAUUUUAGAAGUAAGGCUAUGCCACCAGUUGGAAAACCAACAGAUCCAAAAUCUGAUCCCAAAUUGCAUGAUUUUGAAUGGACUUGGUGGGAAGAUUUAUAAGAUUUGAGCUUAUUUGUGUAAACAUAAAACAAAAAUAUUGUAUGUAAAAAAUUGUUUGGAAU